CACAUGAACCCAAAGCGUGAAAGGGCCAAAACCCAUUCAUUCAGUCGGGAGAAUAGUUCUGGUGUUCGCGGCGGUGCAAAGGAUUUCGACGGGCACGCAGGCCGUUUGAUUGAUUUUUCCCCUCCGCCGCGCCGCUAGUCCAUUGCCAGCCGCAGACCGCAUUUCGCACCAACGUCUUCCUCCAACAUUCUCUUCACUCGUUGAAAGGGGGUCGAGGUUUUGCACAGGCUUGAAGGUUGCUGCUUGGCUUUGGAAUGUUAAAGACUUCAGCUUUCCCAUGCCAUGCACUGAAAAUCCCCAUUGGCAAGGCGAAAGGUUGUAGACAGAAUUUGAAGUGCAGAGCAUCAAUGGUGGAGGAGCUAAAUAUCACCCUGCCGGAUGACUGGCAUCUCCACCUUCGUGACGGGGACCUUCUUCAAGCUGUUGCGCCCCACAGCUCAAGCCAUUUUGGAAGGGCGAUUGUGAUGCCAAAUUUGAAGCCUCCCAUUACCACCACUGCUGCAGCCGUUGCUUACAAAGAUUCUAUUAUGAAAGCACUGCCUGCUGGUAGUAACUUUUCACCUCUUAUGACAAUUUAUUUGACGGAUAAGACAAGUCCCGAGGAGAUCAAGCUUGCAAGAAGAAGUGAGGUUGUUUAUGGUGUGAAGUUGUAUCCUGCUGGUGCUACAACUAAUUCCCAAGAUGGGGUUACUGAUCUUUUUGGGAAAUGCCUUACUGUGCUAGAGGAGAUGGUUGAGCAGAAUAUGCCUUUACUGGUCCAUGGGGAGGUCACAGAUCCGAAAAUCGAUAUUUUUGAUCGUGAAAAGGUUUUUAUCGAAACUAUAUUACAACCUCUAAUCAAUAGGCUUCCAAAGCUAAAGAUUGUCAUGGAGCAUAUCACAACCAAGGAUGCUGUUAAUUUCGUUGAAUCCUGUAGUGAAGGAUUGGUUGCAGCAACUGUCACUCCUCAGCAUCUUUUACUAAAUAGGAAUGCUAUCUUCCAAGGAGGAUUGCGGCCACAUAAUUACUGCCUUCCAGUUCUCAAAAGAGAAACCCAUCGACAGGCAAUUGUUUCGGCUGUGACUGGUGGAAGUAAAAGAUUUUUCCUUGGAACCGAUAGUGCACCUCAUGAGAAGCGAAGCAAAGAGUCUUCUUGCGGAUGCGCUGGCAUUUACAAUGCCCCUGUUGCCCUCUCGGCAUACACCAAGGUUUUCGAAGAGGCUGGAGCACUUGACAAACUAGAGGCAUUUACCAGCUUCAACGGGCCAGACUUCUACGGCCUCCCCAGAAACACAUCAAGAGUCAAGCUCACCAAGACUCCAUGGAAGGUACCAGAGUCUUUCUCAUUCUCAUUUGGGGAGAUUGUGCCCAUGUUUGCUGGUGAAACGCUGGAUUGGCAACCGUCGCUCAUCUGAUCGAUCGAUUGAAUAUCCUCCUCCGUCUGCUGAUCAUUCUGGUCACUUCAAAACGGUGUAAGUUUUGAACGAAUGUCCUGUUAACUUUAAAUCAAAUGCUUGUAGACAGCAAAUGGUGAAGUAUUAUAUGCACCUGAAGUCCUGACUCCUGAAUGAAUACUCAGGGUGGGAUAGAGGUAAGCAUAUACUACAGUAAGUGGUUGUCGACCUGUAGAAGUAAUUGUGUAGAGUUUUGUGGUUGGGUUGAAGGAAAUAAUAACACUAGUGACGACUCCUACACGAAUUCAUUAUUCCUUCACAGGCAUGGGCCUUGGCCCACGAUUAUUAAAUUGAGCGAGUUCCAAGUGGUGGCAGGUAGGCCGCACAUCGGACUUGCAACCUUCAGGUCCAGCUCUGCCUUGUUUGCUGUUGAAAGUGUUUUCUUCAAUGAUCC